AUGCCUUUUUCACACUCCUCUGCACUCUCUCGGCGGGCCUCGUCUGCAGCGGAUAGAGCCCUCAAGGCUCAGCAGCAGCGAAAAUAUGUCAAGGAGCUGUGGUUUUUCCUCGCCGCCGUCAUCGCAUUACUCGCCGUCAUCCGUGUCCUUCGUUUUCUCUUUUCACUGAGUUUUAAGCCUCUUCGCACGGAACGCGAGUCGCAACAAGAAAAGAGGGCAUCUGCAGAGACUCCUUGGCCUGGCCACCACGGUCGAGUGUUCUGGCGCCGAUUUCCUGGAGCAUGCGCUACUGCUUUCAGAACUGUGGCCUUUCGAUGGACAAUCCCAAUCGGACCGAGUUCUGUCGCCUCAGUGUCCGAAUUGACAUUCAUUAUCGGCUACAUAGUUGCUAUCUUUAUAUGGCUCUUAGUCGACACACGCGACCUGACGACCAUGUUCUGGGAAGACAGAGCUGCGCAUUUUGCCUCGAGUAACCUUGCCCUCGUGGUGGCCUUGGCUGGCAAGAACAACAUUAUAUCAUUCUUGACGGGAAUAGGACAUGAGAAGUUGAACAUUCUUCAUAGAGCGGCCGCGAGGACAUGCUUGAUCCUGUUGUGGAUGCAUGCUGGUGCACACACCGCUCUUGGCCUCCCCGAGAUAUUCGAUUUUUCGCACAACUGGAUGCGGGCGGGUGCUGUGGGGCUGGCUGCCUUCACACUGGCGACCAUCCUCUCCGUACGCCCAAUUCGCCAGCUGGCUUUUGAAUUUUUCCUUGUUUCGCACAUAGUCCUCAUUGCUGUCUUUUUGAUCGCCGGCGUUGUUCAUACCCGUGCUGUCAGGUUCGACGACUACAUAUGGCCGGCACUUGUCAUUUGGGCUCUCGAUCGCGUCGUCCGUCUCGUGCGUGUUGUAUGGAACAGUAAAAUAUGGAGAGGCCGCAAGACUUGCACCUCGAGAGCAACAAUGGAAUUGCUUUCCGAGGACACCGUCCGUCUCACAUUCUGCCGCUCCUUUGAUUGGAAGCCCGGUCAGCACGCAUACAUCAUACUGCCAACGAUUAGCGCGUCGCCGACCGAAGCGCAUCCGUUCACCAUCUCAAACAUCCCAAAAAAGAUGGACGGGACCGUCGCGGAGAAGGAGAAGAAUGUUGUGUUCAUUAUCAGAGGGCGCGGUGGAUUCACUCGACGGCUGCGAGAGCGUGCAGCGCAGAAUGGCAUUUGUGACGUCCCGGCUUUCAUAGAUGGCCCAUAUGGAUGUCCCCCAGAUUUGAGACGCUUUUCUACCUGCAUAUUGAUCGCAGGGGGAUCGGGCGUCUCCUACACUUUACCGCUUUUUAUGGAGUCUAUUCGGAUGGCAAAGAUGAAGGCGUCUUCUACAGAGCGCGUGGUUUUCAUUUGGGCGGUUCGAGAUGCCGGUCAUCUAUCCUGGAUUUCAACGCUGCUCACAGAGGCCUUGUCUGCCGCGCCGCCAUGGUUGGCGGUCGAGCCUCGCAUCUACGUGACAAGGGUUUCAGGCCCAACCCCAGACAUCACCUUGCAACAACCCAAUGAGUCUUCGUCCUCUGUCCCUACGCUCGAGUCCGGGGCUCAGGGACAACCGCCUAAGCUGCCGGUCUAUACAGCCCUCAAGGUCAUUCACGGGCGACCCAGCAUCCGCCGAUUGUUGCAAGACGAGAUUUCCACUUCCAAGGGGCCCGUGUCGGUCGAUGGUGGGUCGACAGGCUGCUCGCGUUCGUGA